AUCAAUAAAAUUCAUAUACUACUCAUAAAUCGAUUUCUUCAUAAAAUCAAUAACCUAUUACUGGUCCUAUUCACAAAUAUGAGUGCAACAACUAAAGCUUGGAUAGUAGUUGCAUCAAGCAUUGGAGCUGUGGAGGCCUUAAAAGAUCAAUUAGGGAUUUGUAGAUGGAACUAUGCUUUUAGGUCAAUGCAACAACAUGUUAAUACCAGAUCACCUUACACUCAAGCCAAGAAUUUGUCAAAUUCUGCUAAUGCUUCCAACAAGGGGAAGAGAAACAAGGAAGAAUCUAUGAAGAAAGUCAUGGACCUGAAUUGUUGGGGUCCACCUACUAUAAGAUUUUAAUUAAAUAUUUUAGUGGUUAGGUGGAGUAGUGUAUAACAUGGUUUAUUCGUUCAAUUUUGUAAGGAAUAUGUCAUUAUGGUACCUGGUGAAGUGCUUGAGAUCGUGGUUUUGUAAGGUUAAACAGCUGCUUCAAGUUUCUUAGCGCAAAAAAACAAACAAACUUAAG